UUCCGGUGUCAUGUCAGCUUGCUCGAUUUACCUCAUGGCUCCUGUAGAACUGUGAAAACGUUUGUAUGUAUCCCUUUUGAACGAUGAUGUGAGGCUAAAUAACCAGACAAGAGAAAUAAAUGGCAGAAACUGUUCAGGAAAAGAGCCGUGGACUGAAGUUUGCAGAACAACAGCUAUUGCGUCAUAGCUGGGAACAAGGUAAAGGUCUUGGUCGGCAGGAGAAUGGUAUAUCGGAGGCAAUCAAAGUCAAAGUGAAAUGUGACAAGGGAGGGGUGGGACAUCGUCAAGGGGAGCAGUUCACCUUCCAUUGGUGGGACCACGUCUUCAACAAAGCAUCUUCUAGCCUGGAAGUGGAAUCUGGCGAGAAUGGUGUGCAGGUGAAGAAGUUGGUGGAGGAGGAAGAGGAAGGAAUGAUCUCCAACAAGAAGCCAACGAAAGCCAUGUUGGGAAGGGACAAACUUUAUGGAUGCUUUGUCAAGUCUGCCACCCUCCUGGCAGGACUGGAGCAGCCGGAGCAGAAGUCCUCCAGUACAGAUGAUAGCAGCAGCUCUGACGAUGAGGACCAGAGACUGGACCUGUCCAGCACCACCAAACUAUCAGACGCUGACCUGGUGAAGGCUUGUGGAGGACGCACCGCUCACAAAGGAGCCAGGCACGGCCUUACCAUGAGUGCCAAGCUAGCCAGACUGGAGCAGCAGGAGCAAGAGUUCAUGGCAAAGUAUGGCAAGAAAAACCAACUAGCGGCUGCAACACCAGAUAGCGUCACCACUACCCAACCAGCUGCCCAGAUCCCUGAGGAUGAACGGACAGACAAGACCCAGGGGAAGAAGGCCAAAAAGAAGAAGAGGAAGAAUCACUCCGAGGAUACCCAUGAGAAUGUGGCUGAAGAGAAUGCUGAUGCUGCUGUGGUCUCCGGAAGUACCAACAUGGAAGUAAAGGAGAAGAAGAAGAAGAAGAACAAAGAUAGUGGAAGUUCAAAGGAGAACACUGGGGAGGUGGUGGUGGUUCCUGAAGAACUCACGCCUGUGGAUAAUACAGCAGACAACGCUCAGCCAACCAAGAGGAAACAUUCAAAAAAGAGGAAGGUGUUGGAAGAGGGCGAGAGCUGUCAUCUAAAUGGAGAGGUGUGUGAAACUGCUGUCAUUUCUAUAGAGAGUGAAGCUGGAGGAGGCAGUGAAGAGGCUUCAGAGGGAGAAGGUGCCACUCAGCAACAGACUGACUCAGACACUACUACCAAAAAGAAGAAGAAGAAGAAGAAGUCCUCCAAGAACAAAGAGGAGCCUCCAGUGGCUGAGGAGAUGGAACACACUAAUGAUAGAGAAACCAACCAAUUAGAAACUGUGGAGGACUCCCCUCCAAAAAAGAAAAAGAAACAGGAUGCAGCAAUAGAGAAGAGCGAGGAAGUGAGAACGGUGGAGGAGGAACCUAAAAUAAAAGGUAAAAAGAAAAAAUGCAAAGAGGACAAGCAGACCGUAGAGGACAGGUUGCACAAUGUAUCGGACUCCAUACCUCUAAAAAAGAAGAAUAAAGCUAAACAACAGAAAGCAGAUUGAUGAGGACUAGUGGUUGCCUUGUUGGAGAGGAAACAGGUCAGGGAUUUGGGUCAGCGCUCUAAUGCAUCUCAUAGACACAUGAAACCAUAUAAUGAAAUGCAGUAUAUUUUUAAUUAACGCUAAAUGGCCAUUAUUACAACACCAUGCAAAAGCAAAAAGGAUGUUUUGUUUCUUGUCAACAUAUUUAUUUGUAUGGAAAGAUUCAACUUCAGAUUGUAUAAUUAUUUUUUUAUUCCAGCGUCAACUGGUGUUUUUAUACCGCUUCUUGUAUGGUGGUCCUGUAUUCUUAAUAUUCUCAACAUGGAUGUUUUAAACAAUGUGACAUCAACAUCAGAUAUGAGGUUGCUACAUAUGAGCACAGUAAUGUAUUUUCUUUGCUCAAUAAACGUUCCUUACUAUCUGUGGUGAGGUACAUUUGCAUGAUGCUUAAAGAAGAAUUUCCUUAAGUGCCAAUUAAAGCUGCUGAUUUAGAAUUA